GCAAAGACAAGACAAAAAAUCUAAUCUAGUAGUCCUUUUAAAAAAAAUCAACUCAAUUCAAGAGAAGUUUCCUCUUCGCUCGUCAUUCGCCAGAAACGUUUCGCUUUUUUUCAAAUCUCCGUUUUUCUUCGUAUUUAUCGAAGAAAAGUAGAAAAAAAAAAAAAAGGAAACAGGAAGAAGAAAGAAAAAGCGUCUCCAUCCCCGUUUAUAAUUUAUUUAUAUGUAAAUAAAAUCCAAUUUUUAUCUUGGAACUCUUGCUGCGUUCCUUUCCCUCGGCAUUUUAUUUUAUUUUAUUUCAUUUUUGGAUCUGAAUUUUAAAAAAAUUAGAUCUACAAUAUACUUUGAAAAAAAUAAAUCCAAAAAUGGACAAUGGAGAUUUAGAAGGAGGCGGAGACGAAGCGUUUCAUGGAAAAGGCGGCCGCAAAUAUAGGCCUGUGCGGCCUAACGAUCGGGCCGUUCUCGAGAUGUCCUCCAUGGAUCCUGGAUCUUCCUCCUCGGAUUCCAAAUCUUCUAUCAGGAAAAUUAAAGUAGGAACGCAGGGGAACUUGGAUUCCGAUGGAAGGGAAGGUUCGAUUCCUGAUAAUGGUGGAGCCAAUGGUCCCCACAGGGAACAUAAGUUGGAAUUGUUUGGUUUUGAUUCUCUUGUCAGUGUCCUUGGUCUCAAAACUAUGACAGGAGAGCAAAUUCCGGCACCCUCGAGCCCUAGAGAUGGUGAAGAUGUUUCCAUCACCAAUGGGCAUCCAAAACCCUCUGAUGCUAAAAUGGGUACAAUGAUGGGGGUAUUUAUCCCAUGCUUGCAAAGUAUUUUGGGUAUUAUCUACUAUAUCCGAUUUUCUUGGAUUAUUGGCAUGGGUGGCAUUGGCGACUCACUCCUGCUGGUAUCAUUUUGUGGUCUGUGUACUUUCUUGACAGGAAUAUCAUUGAGUGCUAUUGCAACUAAUGGUGCAAUGAAGGGUGGUGGUCCAUAUUAUCUCAUUGGUCGUGCCCUUGGUCCUGAGGUUGGAGUUAGCAUUGGAUUAUGUUUCUUCCUUGGCAAUGCAGUUGCAGGUGCUCUUUAUGUGUUGGGAGCGGUAGAAACCUUUCUAAAAGCUCUCCCUUCUGCUGGGAUUUUUACUGAGACCACUACAAAGGUGAAUGGCACAGUAUCAGAACCUAUACAGAGUAUAAGUACACAUGACUUACAAAUCUAUGGGCUUGUUGUGACUAUCAUCCUUUGCAUUAUUGUGUUUGGUGGGGUGAAAAUGAUCAAUAGGGUUGCCCCAGCUUUCCUCUUACCUGUUUUGUUCUCGAUAUUUUGCAUAUUCAUUGGGGUUUUUCUUGCGAAGAAGGAUGACCCUGAACCUGGAGUUACAGGCUUGAGUUUGGAAAGCUUUAAAGAUAACUGGAGUUCAGAUUAUCAGAAUACAAACAGUGCCGGCAUCCCUGAUGCUGAAGGAAAGGCGUAUUGGAACUUUCAUGCUUUGGUCGGUCUUUUUUUCCCAGCUGUAACUGGAAUCAUGGCAGGUUCAAAUCGAUCAGCCUUACUUAAAGACACUCAGCGUUCUAUCCCCAUCGGGACAUUGGCAGCCACACUUACCACUACUGGUCUCUAUAUAGUUUCUGUCUUACUUUUUGGAGCUGUUGCCACCAGAGAAAAGCUUUUAACUGACAGGCUACUUACUGCUACAAUUGCUUGGCCUUUCCCAGUUAUCGUUCAUAUUGGAAUUAUUCUUUCAACUUUAGGUGCAGCUCUUCAAAGCUUGACUGGUGCCCCUCGCCUUCUUGCAGCUAUAGCCAAUGAUGAUAUUCUUCCUGUUCUCAAUUACUUCAAAGUUGCAGAUGGGAGUGAGCCUUACAUUGCUACCCUCUUUACUGCCUUUGUCUGUAUGGGAUGUGUCAUUAUUGGGAAUCUGGAUCUUAUCACGCCAACUGUAACUAUGUUUUUCCUUCUAUGUUAUGCUGGUGUGAACCUGUCUUGCUUCCUUCUAGAUCUUCUAGAUGCUCCCAGUUGGCGUCCACGGUGGAAAUUUCACCACUGGAGUCUCUCUCUCCUUGGAGCAUCACUUUGUAUAGCAAACCAAGUUCAUCCGAAGAACUGGUAUCCCAUUCCUCUUGUGUUCUGCAGGCCUUGGGGUAAGCUGCCAGAAAAUGUACCUUGCCAUCCAAAACUUGCUGACUUUGCCAACUGCAUGAAGAAGAAAGGCCGUGGAAUGUCCAUAUUUGUCAAUAUACUAGAUGGAGACUAUCAUGAACGUGCUGAAGAUGCCAAGGCUGCCUGCAAGCAACUUGAUACCUACAUUAACUAUAAGAACUGUGAAGGUGUUGCAGAAAUAGUUGUAGCACCCAAUAUGACUGAAGGCUUCCGUGGAAUUGUACAGACCAUGGGUCUCGGCAACCUCAAGCCCAAUAUUGUAGUCAUGCGGUACCCAGAAAUAUGGCGUCGUGAGAACCUAAAAGAAAUCCCAGCCAGAUUUGUUGGUAUAAUUAACGACUGUAUUGUUGCAAAUAAGGCAGUUGUCAUUGUCAAGGGCCUUGAUGAAUGGCCCAAUGAGUAUCAAAGGCAAUAUGGUACAAUUGAUUUGUAUUGGAUUGUUAGAGAUGGUGGUCUCAUGCUUCUUCUAUCACAGCUUCUUCUUACAAAAGAGAGCUUUGAGAGUUGUAAGAUUCAGGUCUUCUGCAUUGCAGAGGAGGAUUCAGAUGCAGAGGGCCUUAAGGCUGAUGUGAAGAAGUUUCUAUAUGAUCUCCGGAUGCAAGCUGAAGUGAUUGUUAUAACGAUUAAGUCUUGGGAUGUGCAACCAGAGGGUGGAUCUCAGCAAGAUGAGUCAUUGGAGGCAUUUAGUGCGGCUCGGCGGCGGGUAGCUGAUUACUUGGCAGAAAUAAAGGCAGCAGCAAAGAAAGAAGGGACCCCUUUGAUGGCUGAUGGAAAGCCUGUAGUUGUGGAUGAGCAACAAGCGGAGAAGUUUCUCUAUACAACUCUGAAGCUGAAUUCAACAAUUUUAAGAUAUUCUAGAAUGGCAGCAGUUGUGUUUGUAAGCAUACCGCCGCCUCCUGUCAGCCACCCAGCUUACUGCUACAUGGAAUAUAUGGAUUUGUUGGUAGAAAAUUUGCCGAGACUGUUGAUAGUUAGAGGAUAUCGAAGAGAUGUUGUAACUCUAUUCACAUAGUUUCCAGGACUGUAAUUGUGUUACUGUUCAUAUAGGUUUUUCCCCUUAUUUCAUAUCAGUCAAAGUGUUACAUUCAUUCUUUUCAGCCAUUUUGAUCGAUGGCAUUUUGUUAUUUCAUUUCCUAGGUUUUUUUUUUUUUUUUUUUUUCCUUUAAAAAGAACAAGAAAUUUUGUAAAAGUUGCUCUUUGUGGGUUGAGCCCUGAGUUUUAAUUCCUUCUGGUCUGGGCCGAUUGAUAUUCAGCAGAGAACUAAAUUUCUGUACUGUUGCUUUGCAGGCCUAAUUAGAGACUGGGGGUUCAUCCAAUUGACUAGGUAUAUGAAAUUCAUACAAGAUUUAAAAGAUUAAAUUAAUUAAUUUACAGGAUAACAGGCCACGCAAAUUUCAGAAAUUAAGUUUUAAAAGUUGGAGAAGAUAAGAACCGAGAAUUGUCGAAUCCAGUAUGCCGUAACCAAUUAUCCAAGUAGAGAUGUUUGUGAAACGGAAAAGCAAUCGUGAGGCAAUUCACAUUUCUUUUGAAAGUAGGAAAAGCAAUCAUAAGGCAGCUCAACUUUCUUUUGAAAGUUCAAAUCUGGACGCCCCGCCCAAUAACAAUUAGUCGAAUAGUAGAAAUUAGGAA